UCCUGAUACUUCAUGAAAAACAAACACCGGAGCAGCCGCUCUCUCGCCGUUGUAACCGCGCCGGAUUGUCGAAUGUUCCCGUUAUUUUUUCGGGUCGUUUAUUUAACCGUUUAUCGGUAAUCAGGUUCCGUGCUCACGGUUCUCCUCUGGUUCGUACCGGGCUCGGCUGCGCUCGGACCGCGCUCUGCCCCGCGGCUGCUCGGCCACACUCGGCUCUUGUCGUUCGGCGGAGAAAUGGACGAAGCGGACUCGGCCACGAAGGCGCUCGGGCUGGUUGAACCGCCCAUCGGCAUACCGCCGGUGGAGGAAGUGGGCUCGGAUACCGAGUCGGAGGCCGAAGUCACCACGAUGGCCGUGAUGGCGGAACCGGGAAACAUCGACAUGGAAGCCGAGUCCCUGCCGAACCCAGACGAGGCCGAGGCGGCAUUCGCAGAGGUGACGGCUGUGACGGUGGCGGACGUUCAAGCUGCAGAGGACAAUGUUUUCACCACAACGGUUGCCACGUCAGGAAGUCUCCCUGAACACGUGCUGAGCGGGAGGACAACCCUCCAGCUGGGCGAUGGUCUCAGUACCCAGAAGGCCACCCUGAUCGUGGUUCACACUGAUGGCAGCAUUGUGGAGGCCACUGGUCUCAAGUCUGCUGCUGCAAUGGCAUCAGGCCCACAAACCCCACCCACCCCGCUGACUCCACCCCAGGACAAAGACUCCUGCUCCAAGUACAACUGGGACCCUUCAGUCUACAACAACGAGCUGCCGGUCCGCUGCAGGAACACCAGCGGAGUCCUCUACAAGAGCCGACUGGGAUCAGGGGGUAAAGGUCGCUGCAUCAGACACAACCAGCAGUGGUUCACUCCCACUGAGUUUGAAGGUCUGGCAGGAAGAGCGAGCAGCAAAGACUGGAAGAGGAGCAUCAGAUACGCCGGCAGACCUCUGCUCUGCCUCAUACAGGAGCGUAUCCUGAACCCCCACGCUGCUUCCUGUACCUGUGCAGCCUGCUGUGAUGACCUCUCAGGGUGUCCAAAGGAUGGAGACGCUUUGGUAGCAGAAAACAUCAGUAUGACCGGUCCGGUCCGCCUCUUCGUCCCGUACAAGAGACGGAAGAAGGACAAUGACCCUCCGGUCACCUCCCCGAAAAAGGAACUUCCAGCCACCAAAAACAUCACACUGACCCCGGGGACCACAUUCACGGUGUCCCCGUCAGGACAGUUCACCUCCGGCACCUUGACCUUUGACCGCACGCCAACAGGCGAUGCCACCGCGGCCGCCGCUGCUGCUGCCAUCAUCUCGGAAGGUUCAGCGCAGAGCGAGGUGUUUGCCAGCACAGCAGUGCUGACGGCGUUGCCGGCGCUGGCCGUGACCCCUCAGCCAGUUCAGGCCAAGAUGGCGGUGGCAGUCACGGCCUCGUCUCCGUCAGCAGGGCUGGUUAGCGGGCUGGAGGUGGGGCCUGUAGCGGGGGCGGGGCCAGCGGUCAGCGAGGGGCAGAAGAACACCUGGCUGUACCUGGAGGAGAUGGCCAACACGCUGCUGAGCAACGUCCAGCAGCUGAAGGCUCUGAUCGAACAGGCGAAAAACUCUGCAGGGGACUCAGCAGGGGUCAAAGGUCAGGGUGGCAGGAAGGAGUGUGGUCUCACACAGUCGUUUCAGAACCAGAUCACGUUUCAGCAGCCGGACGACUCGGAGGCUAAGAGGAGCUCUGACAUCACCGAGAUCAUCAUCAACCAAAUGUGUGUGAACUGUGGCCGUGUGGCGAUGAGUGAGUGUACAGGCUGUCACAAGGUCAACUACUGCUCCACCUUCUGUCAGAGAAAGGACUGGAAGGAACAUCAGCACACCUGCUGUCAAUCAGCAGGGGGCGUGGCUGUUCAGGAGGAAGAGCCAAUCACAGCCAUGGACAUGGACAAAGUGAAAUGAUGGAGCAGUCCAAAACAUGAGGUCCUCACACAGGAAGUCCUUAUAUGGUGUGAGGAGGACAGUCGGGAACUUUAAUUCUGUCUCAGACCGACAGGAGCAGAACGUCUCUGAUCUGAGAACUCGUAUAAACUUAAUGAAAGGAAGUCGGAUGUUUUCCUUUUCACAUCAAUGCAGUCAGAGUUUCUCCACUUGUAUAAUUAUUAUUGUUUCAUAAAGUAAAAUAAGAUGA